ACAUUUGAUGCCUGCUUUAUUCAGUCACCAGUAAUCUCUCUUGCAUCAGUCACUUUUGUUAGAAUUGACUAAUAGGCCACAUGCCUCCCUGCUGGAGCUGGGCAGAUAUAAGGGCCAGUCUUCCAGGCUGAUUUCCUGGCUGGGAGCAGGGAGCAGCAGGCAUGGGGCAGGCUGGAUGCCAGUUCCAAACCCUGCUCUGGAAGAACUGGCUGUGCAGGCUGCGCCACCCGGUCCUGUCCCUUGCUGAGUUCUUCUGGCCAUGCAUCCUGUUCAUGAUUCUGAUGGUACUUCGGUUUCAAGAACCUCCCAGGCACAGAGACACUUGUUACUUGCAGCCACGGGACUUGCCCAACCAGGGUGUUCUGCCCUUUGUCCAAGGACUCCUUUGUAACACUGGGUCAAGCUGCAGGAACUUCAGCUUUGAAGAUUCCAUGGCUCACCACUUUCGUCUGUCUAGGUUCCAAACUACAGCUUAUGACACAAAGAUCAACAGCCUGGCUUUUUUAAAAGAGGUACAGGAUCUGGCAGAGGACAUUUAUGAAACCAUGGACAAGGCAAAAACCUUACAGAAGCUUUGGGUGCAAAGAUCAGAGACACUAGAUUCUUCUCAUGGUACCAGUUUUUUAACAAUGGAUCUCAAUAAAACUGAGGAAGUGAUAUCAAAACUGGAAAUCCUCCACCAGCAACCUCAUAUCUGGAAUUUUCUACUAUCUCUGCCCAAAUUCCAUGUGACCAAUAUGCACAUGGAAGAUGGUAUCCAAGCGGUGGUACACUUUCUCCAAGCAGUUUCCAAUUCCUUAAUAUCUCUGGGAGAUUUAGAUUGGCUACGAUACCACCAGACUUUCUCCCAGGUUUCCAAGAUUGUGCUCAACAUGACCAUCUCGACGCUGACAUUUCUGCAGCAAAAUGGAGCAGUAGUGAAUGAGUCAGCUUACCACCUCUCCCUGCAGAAUAUAGUCUGGGAUCCAGAGAAAGUCCAAUCUGAUCUCAAAUCCCGAUAUGGUUUUGGUGAUCUUCAAAUGGAACAUAUCCUGAAUUAUUCAUCUGAGCUAAAGGAGAUUCCAACCUAUGGUUUCUUAGAGAGAGUGGUGUGCUCAGCCUUGUCCAGCACUUCUGAGGAUGAAGCUGAGACCAAAGGUCAUGGUGGAGACUGUCAGCCUGAGUGGUUAGAAGCUAAAAACUAUCUCAUCCAUGCAAUCAGCUGGUUGCAACUCUUUAAAGAGGUGUUUGACCAGUGGCUGCAGGGUGACCUGCUUCAGAAGAUGCUCACAGGCAUCAGACACAGUCUGGAGGACCUCCUGGACCAGUUUGAAGAAGAGAGUGAGCCAGAGAAGGUGGUCAGAGCCUUGCACACGGCACUGCUUCUCCUGAGUGACAGCUUGGCAGCUACUGACUCCGAAGACAGCCAUCUGUCUCCACACCUAUUUCACCAUCUGCAGAUAUUUCAGACUAUACUGCACAACCUACCCCCGUGGCCACGUGUACAGAGACUGCAGCAGCUGGAUGAUGCUGUCAGAAAUGCCAUGGCCCAGGAUUUCCAUUUUGUCCAAGAAAUCCUUACUUCCCUGGAGACUUCAGCAAACGAUUCUGUACAGGGUGGACCAGACAGAUGGAAACUUAAAAAGGAUGAGUUCUUUGGGGAGUUAAAGCAGCUGCUGACAAAGAAUGCUACUGCUACCUGUCUCAAUGUGCACUCCUCCGAAGAAGCUCUCCUGACUUCUGGGAACUUUAGCAUCUUGGGAGACCUCUGGAGAUUGUUGUGUCACCAUUCUGUCAAUGAGACCAGUGUUUUAAACAAGUUGCUUGCUGCAGUAGAGGAUGCUGAUCAUAUUCUGCAAGAGGUCAUUACUGGGCACACAAAUACUUCAGCCACAGUACCUGAAGGGAGGUUGGGCUGGAAGGAACUUGAGAUGCUGCUGUCAGAAGUGAGCCUUUCCUGUUCUCGGCUCUUCCAAUCACCACGUGCUGAUGCUUCAAGUGUGGACGGUAUCUCUUGGGGUAGCUGUGAGCAUCAACUUGUCUCCACAGUAGUAUUUCACAUAUUUGAAAAAGCCCAAAUAUACCUGGAACUAAUACCCUACUGGCAAACCUUCCUACAUUUCCUCAGGAUUACUUGUGAAGCAGUCCGAUAUGUGAAUAUGCAAGGAAGUUUCCAGAACAAUACAACUGUGUUAUCUGAGGACUCUCCUUGUUAUAAAGAAAACAUGGAUUGGAAACUUAUCAGCAAUAAUUAUUUUAUAUUUUUAAAUAAUUUAAUGACGUCUCCAAUAACUUCCAUCUCCAGGGCCUUAAAUUUCACAAAGCACCUUCUGGUGGUGGAAGAGACAUUGCAUGCCCAGGAAAAUGAACAGAAGAAAUUUUUUUCAUUACUUGUGGAAUUUUUGGAAGAAUUAUUGUUGCCUGUUCCUUCCAAUUUAUCUAUUUUUCCUGAAUUCUUGUCUAUCAAUGAGAAUGUUCACAAUGGAAAUGUGCCAUGGAUAAAUCACAUGAAAAAUUUAGACAGAAACCCAUAUCCUAUUGAUACUCAGAAACUUCUGGAAUUUGGCAAACAGAUGACCGACAAAAUGCAAACUCUUGAAAGCCACUGGAUGAGGACAGAAUCCAAAAAUAUUUUGAGAUUCAUUGAAUUAAUGCUUCUUGAAAUUAACCCCACACUGCUAGAAUUAUGGCUCUAUGGCAUUCCCAAAGGUGAAAGAGUUAAAUUAGAAGCACUCUCUACUCUCUUAAAAUUUUCAGUUCCAGAAAAUGAAAAGAUUCUUAGUACAAGUUUUAACUUGUCCAGGUUGAUACAUUCAGAUUUGCCUAGACCACCAGCUGUGAACAUGGAGUUUGUAUAUUUAAGUGAAACUAUAAUAAAUGGUCUCUAUGAAUUCGGAUUCCUGAGCCAGGAAGAAGUUUUUAAAGCUCUAGACACAGUCUACGUGAUUAAAAAUGUGUCUCGUCUUUUCUUAGCCCUUUCUGAACCCCAAAAGCAGGAAGUUGAAAAAAUUUUGACUCAUCUCUACCUGAAUGUCUUUAACAACAAAGAUUCAAGUUUACUUCUGCAGAUUUAUUCUUCAUUUUACCAACUUAUUUAUCAAUUCUUGAGCAUUCAGAGUAGAGAGUCUUUGAUAACUUAUCUGACCCAAAUCUCCAGAAAUAUUUUGGACAUCGUUAAGCAAUUUAAUUUCCAAAACAUCAGCAAUGCAUUUGCAUUUUUAUCAGAGACAGCAGAGUUUCUUGGGAGGAUUUCUGAAGUUUCUUACUGUCAACAGUUGCUUUCAAUUUUUAAUUUUUUAGAGCUUAAAACCCAAUCUCUGAAGUCUAGCGAAGACAGAGAAUUGGAAGUGAUCUAUAGUACUUUGAUAGGCCUCAAACAGUUGCUAGUAGUAGAUGAAGAUUUUCGUGUUUCUUUGUUCCAAUAUAUGAGCCAACUCUUCAAUGGCUCAGAACAAGCCUUGCUGAAUAAUGAAUGCUUUAUUAUUCUGGAUAACUUUUCUUCUAUGAAUUAUUCAACAAAUGAGGGGACUUCCUCCACUCUUCCAUGGGACAGAAAGUUUUCCAACCUUUCGGGAAAUAUCAGUGUGUUCAACGAGUUCAGGGCUGUUCAGUGUACUCUAUCAUGGCUGCAAAUGUGGACAGAGAUCUGGGCAAGCAUUUCUCAGAUAUUUAAAUUUGAACUGCAUAUUUUCCCUCCUCUUCAUGUUGGUCUCACUCAGCUUUUGGAUGAAUUAGAAAAUGACGUGAACAUUUCUAAAAGCUGCCAGGGAGUGUUUCUGACCCAUCAUGCUGCUAGACUCAUCUUAAAUUUGUUAAAAAACUUAACACAAGCCAAUGACUUCCAUGAUUGGAAUUCUCUCCUGUACCUCAGGAAUCUGUGGGUAGCAGUAGAUGACAAGUUAGUUACAGUAAAAUCACUUAACUUGGAUGAAGUAGAGAAAUCAUUCUUUGCCAUGAAAACCGCCCUACACCAGCUAAUGUCAGCUCCACUGAAAACAAGUGCAAGCAGGAAGUUUAUAUAUUCUCUGCUGGAAGUUUUCACCAGGUUAAGCAAUCCCACAAAGUAUAUGGGCAGAAAUGUAGAUUUGAUAAAUGACGAUCUUUUAAAAAAUCUCACAGAUUGUGGAGCCAAAUUUGAAAGUGUUAUUAAUGAACUAAGAAAAACAAUAACAUUUUUUAGAAAUGUAUCAUAUGAUCAAGAUUUAUUGUCCUGUGCUGAUGUUUUCCAAAAAGUUAUUCCAUUGAUUUUGGAAGAUGGCUUAUUGGAUGUAAAUACUUCCCAGAGGGCUGUACAGAUUCUGGCUAUGUUAAAUUCCACAUUUUCUUCUGAAGACGCAGUUAGUACACUAAAAGGGUGCAUUGCAUGGAUAGAUGUCAUAAACCAUAUAUACGCCAUGUCUAACUCAAGUUUCUUUCUGGGGUCUUUUCAUAGUACUUUGAGUAAUUUAAGGGAUAUUGAAAACACAAUGAACUCUACAUUUAAAAUUCUAACUUGGUUAUUCAAUACAAAGGAAAGGCUUUGUUCUUUAAAUGAGUCUACUAUAAAUUGUAUAAAUAUUUACUUGAAAGACCUGGCUGACUUUCUAAAUAUUAUAUUUAAUACAGUCUUGGAAAAAGAGAAGGUACCAGAAUUUGAGAUUUUAUUAGCUCUUUUAAAUGAUUCUACAAACCAAGUAAAGAUGAUUAUCCAUAAUUUAACAAGGGACUUUGAUUUCCUCUCCCAAUCCAAUUGGAAACAUUUUAAUGAAUUACUUCUAACACCUGUAGAUACAUUAGAUGGAAUUCCCAAUCAGUUUCAAAACAUAUGGCUGCAUAUAACAACUCUGGGGAAGGAAAUACAGAAACACUUACAAGAUCUUUCUCCUGCUAUCCUGGAAAGAAAUACCUUUCCUAGUAUGAAAAAACUUUUUGGAAUAUUUUCCAUCAAUCCAAAGGAAAAGGAUAUAAACAAUUUGCGCAACUCCAUUUAUCAUUUAGCUAAUUAUUUUGCCUUCAGCCUAACUCAUGAUCUCCAAAAUUCAUCAGUAAGUACUCCACAUGAAUUAGUGAAAGCUUGGGGUCUUGGUAUUCAGUUGAUUAGGGAUGUGUUCAACUCCUUGAUGCCUGCCAUUCAUUCCAAUACUCCACAAAAUAUGAGUCAUGUUCAAGUUUUAAAUAAAGUGACUUCCCUCAUGCAUGCUCUCAAGAAGGCUGACAUAGACUUAUUAGUUGACCAACUUGAACAAAUCAGUGAAGGCCUAGUAGAUUUCUUUAAGAAUCUUAGCAGAUUAGGUCCUGACAAUUCAGGGGUCAACUUACUCAUUGGCUUGGUGGAAAAAUUUAUGGCUGGUUCACAUUCAUGGAAUGUUAAUCAUCUGCUGCAACUCUCUCGGCUAUUUCCUAAAGAUGACGUGAAUGCUGUGGUGGAUUUAUAUUAUGCUCUUCCUCAUAUUACGGGGCUUCUCCAGGGAAUUGCUGAUAAAAAUAUCACAGAGAGCCUCAAGGAUAUCUAUAACUUUACGCUCCUUCAUGGUAUAAGCACUGCCAACAUCACCAAGGAAGACUUUGCCACUGUGAUCAAAACUCUUCUAGAUGUCAUUGAGUUAAUAUCAGACCAACCAGCCCUUGUGUCUGAAGCUCUAACUUGCUUUCCUGUGGUUUGGUGCUGGAACGGUACAGCAGGGUUUCAGCAGAAGUCAAAGUUAGAAACUUGUGAUAUCCAUGGCUUUAUGUCUUCUUCUUUUUAUGAAAAAGUGACCAGCACCCUUGACCAUCUCCACCUGUCUCCUCUUGGUAAAGAGUCACAGUGUUCAAACGAAAGCUCAAGAAUUGAAAUGACUAGGAAAGUGGUCUGUGUAAUACAUGGAUUAGUGGACUGGAAUUGUAUUCUUAUAAAUUUGUCUGAAGUCUUCCAUAUUCAAACUCCACUUGUGAAAACGGUACAAGAAUUUUGGCACAGGAUCUUACCAUUUGUUUCACCUUUUGGAAAUCAAAGUAAUGACAGCAUCCACGAAGCUUGUCCUGGUGGUCCCAUGAAACAGGUUGCUUUGAAAAUAAUAGAAAAACUAAAGCAUCUGAACUUUACAAAAGGUACAUCAAGCGAAAAUAUUCUUACUAAAUUAGCUGAUUUAAACAAGAUUAUUAGCAUUACCAACGGUGCAGAGAUAGCUGCCCAUGAUAAUAUUCUCUUAAACUUGGAAAGGAUAGUCAAAUUGAUUUCUAGAGAUAGGUAUCUAGAAAAUAGUACUCAUUAUUUACUGUCUCCAUUUUUAUUUCUUCUGAAUGCAAAUCUUACAUACAGUAGUUUAGAAACUGUAUCAGAUUUUAUUAAGAAAAUAAAAUCAACUAACAACUUUGAAGAACUGUGGGUUUACUUCAAACAAAUCAUGAAAGACUUAACCCACAACUUUAGUAUCAAGCACCUGUUCUCUGAACUUAACAAAGAAAUACAAGACAUAAAUUCUGUGGAUCUUCCAAAUAUAACUCUGAAACUUAUCCAGUUUUUGGAAAUCCUAAAUUUAUCAACAUCAAAGGCAUUAGGAAUUAUUGAAGAUUUCCUAUUGGUGACAAAAAAAUGGCUUUCUGUGUAUGCAAAUGAAGAUUAUUCCCCACUGAUGCAAACAUUACUUGCUACUAUGGACAAUGAAAAUUCAACUGAUGUUAUAACUAUGCUGACUAAAGAUAUCACUAGCAACCUGAGGUAUCUAAAAGACAUUUCUAGGGAAAACAAUUCUGACAUUGCCACUCUCACACAGCUGCUUAAUGAAGAGCAACUAAGUAAUUUCUCUGUUGUACAGCUACUUCUUGUCAACAUUCUAAUUAAUUCUUUCAAUAACUUAGCAUCAGGUUCUCAAGUAACAGCUCCAAAUUUAGGUGAUAGUGAUCUCCAAAUGAUGAAUUUCAUUAACCUCACCCUGGAUCAUUUACAGUCAGAAAAAGGUGGGGAGAUAGUUCUCCCUCUGGGAAGUAUAAUGGAUUUCAUGGAAGAGCUUUUGAGAACAUUCUCCCUAAAAGAAAAAUCUGGGAACAAAAUUUCUUUCCUGCUGAAAGACUUCCACAAAGAUGUUAUUGCAGAAAUGAGCUUUAUCUCAAAAGAUAAAAUUCGAGAGGUACUGAAAUUGGAUCAAUUUCUUACACUGAUGAAUGAAUACAGAUUGAUGAGCUUUUUCUCAUGGUUAAAGGGAACUAUAUUUCAUCUAAUCAGAAGCUCAUUUAUGUUAGACAGUGGAGAAUUUUCUUUUGAUAGCCAACGAGGACUGACAUUUGUACGAGAUUUAUUUCAUGCCCUUCUAAGGGAAACUUCACUGCAAAAUGAGACUGAAGAUAAUCCAGACUUUCUUAUGGUGGUGAGUCAACUGCUUUUCCAUAUGAAUAACUCUGAGGAACUCAUCAGCCUCAACCAAAAUCUUACUUCCAUCCUUCACCUUGUGAGAGAAAUUUCCACAGAGAUGUCAAAUCUUAUGGACACUCUUUCAAAGUCUCAUAAUCAAGACUUUCAUACCUCUUUUCUUGCACUCCAAAAAGUUGUACUUGCUGACCUAACCAACUUGCUUUCCUUUAUAAAGGACUCAUUUCCUCUAAGAAAUAGAGAAACAUUAGAACUCACUAAGAGGUUACUCGAUGUUAUCUCUAGAGUUGAUAAAGAAAGUCAUGGCCUGGAGCCCCUCUUAGAAAUGUCUAGAAUCCUCACCAUGCUGCUGAAUGGCAGUGCUGAGCUGAGAGAUAUUGCCACAGAUAUGGACUUUGCUGUGAAACUUCUGAAGCUAGCAAAGAAAGUUUCAGGGAAGAUGGCCACCAUCUUUGAAACUCAUUUUGUCCCCAACACUCAGGACACCGUGGACUUCUUUAAUAUUUUCUAUUCUGUCAUGCAGCAAAGUGUCCAGCAUCUUGUGAAGGAAAGAAUUCCUUUGAGAAAAGUAGAUCAUGUGACAUUUGAACAUAUCAAUGAUUUACUGAUGCCAUUUCUUGACUUGGCCUUUGAGAUGUUGGGGGUGAAGCCCAAUAUUUCACAGGACUCUGACGUUUUCAAUAUGUCAUCUAGUGUAGUCUCAAUUGUGAGCCAAUCCAAUGACUUUUCCAAUAUUUUGGAAGAAAUAGCUGAGUUUUUAACUUCAAUGGAAAUCAGUUUGGGAGAUUUAGAGCAUCUUGUGGUGGCAUUUAAUAAUGGGACUCAAAUAUUUUCUAUGGAUUCUGUCAACUUGGGGGAAGAAAUUUUGAAUUGCUUAGUUCCUAUCAAUAACAUCACCCACAAAAUAAACUUUUUGAAACUUAAUCCAACUUCCUCUCAUCGUAGUCCUCAAGAUACAAUAUGGGAAAAAAUCUAUGAACCGUUUCAUUUGGGGGAUGGAAUGUUAACAGAAAAUAGCACAAAAAUAGGGAAAUCCUUUAAAAUGAUACUUGAUCUCACAUUAGAAGCCCUUUGGAAUAGCUUAAAAAAGGACAAUUGGGAAGCUUUUAAUCUGCUGCAGGCAUUGGUUGAUCAUUCAGAUAACCUGUUCAGAAUGAUAGAAACAGUUGUAGAGACCUCCAGUGGAAUUACAAGUGAAGAUGGAGAUGAUUUAAGCAAAGAUUUACUUUUCAACAUGUCUUUGACUCAGGAUAUCACUCAUCAUCAACUUGAAACAGCAAUCCAAAAUUUGCUAGAUUGGCUAAUUCUCUUAGGAAAACCCCCGCUCCCAUACAACUCUCAGUGGCUGAAUUCCAUCAACACGUCAUUCCAUCAAUUUUUUGAAAUCUAUCUUAAUGCAACUACUGGAAAGAAUGUCAUGUUACCAAAAGAAGAGAUGAUAGAUUUCCCGUAUAACCUCAAACCAUUAUCACCAUUCAGUACAUACUUGAAGAGAUUACUUGUAUUCAUUGGAUAUUGGCAAAAGAUUCUACUGGCAGAUCAAAGUGUUGUUGACAUAUGCCAAGCUUUCCAGCAGCUAGAGAUGUCCUCAGAAGACAUGGAGAUGCUGCAGAAAGCCAAGAUGAUUGCUCUACGUAUGUUCAUCAUCUUUGCAGACAACCCUUCCUUGACCAAGGAUGUUCUGUGUGCCACUCUGAAUUGCAAGCCAUGUGAGACAAGGCAUCUUGUUUUAGCUGUCAUACAAGGAGUCACUGUUGUGUACACCCACUACCAGGAAAUUGAAAAGAGAUGGUCGGCAUCCAGUCAACUAAAUUGUGAAAGUCUUAUCAAGAAUCUUUCUCGGACCUUAGAACACUUCAAAAGCAACUUGGAUCACGUCACCAACCAAGACUGCAUAUGCCAUCCCCCACUGGAAACUGUUGAGCAACAUGUGCGUGUGUUGGCCAAAAGCUUCAAGGAGAGUUGGUUGUCGGGCAAUCCUAUUAUGUCUUUUCUUAGCAAUUUCACUGUCACUGAGGAUGUGAAAAUAAAAGAUUUGAUGAGGAACAUCACCAGGUUAAUGGAAGAGCUUCAGUCUUCCAUCCAUAUCUCCAAUGAAACCAUCCAUACUAUCUUAGAGGCAAACAUUUCCCACUCACAGAUUCUCACCAGUGUCCUCACUGCAGCUUUUUCUGGAAAGUGUGACCAAAAAAUUCUUCAUCUCCUGCUGACAUUUCCUGAGGAUGAAAAGUCUUGGCUUGCUGUGAAGGAGCUCUGUGGCUUGCCUGGGUCUGUAGUAUAUACUCUGAUUGUGGCCAUGAGUCAGAACCUGAACCUGCGGGCUUUUGUUUACAAAGCUCUGAUACCUCCUGAAGCAAAUGGCCUGCUCAAGUCCCUGUUGGAUGUCAUUUCCAGCCUCAACUCUCUGCUUGAUAGAGCCCAGCAUGUAUUCCAGUACCUUCCAGAAUUUCUUCACGCAUUGAAAAUCACUGCCUUGCUAGAUAUGCCGGACUUUCCACAGAUUUCACAGAAUGGCCAAGCUAGAAGUUCAGCCUUUGAUUCUUUCCAGUCCAUGAUGAAGUUGGUUUGUAAGGAUCAAACAUCUUUUCUGAGCAAUUCGAACAUGUUCAUUAACUUACCCAGAGUCAAUGCACUCUUGGAAGAUGACAAAGAAAAGUUCAACAUUCCUGAAGACUCAACACCAUUUUGCUUGAAGCUUUAUGAGGAAAUUCUACAGUUUCCGAAUGGUGCUUUGGUGUGGUCCUUCCUAAAACCUAUACUACAUGGAAAAAUACUGUAUACACCAAACAUUCCAGAGAUUAAUAAAAUCAUUCAAAAGGCCAAUUACACUUUUUAUUUUGUGGACAAGCUAAAAACUUUAUCAGAAACACUGCUGAAGAUGUCCAGCUUUUUCCAGGGAAGUGGAAAUGGACAGAUGUUCAACCAGUUGCAAGAUGCCCUGAGAAACAAAUUUAUAAGACACUUCGUAGAAAGCCAGUUACACAUUGAUGUGGACAAACUCACAGAAACUCUGCAGACUUAUGGUGGAAUGCUAGAUAAGAUGUUUAACCACGCAGGGGCUGGACACUUCCAGUUCUUGGGCGGUAUCUUGGUCAAUCUCUCAUCCUGCGUGGUAUUGGACCGUUUCCAGCCUAUGGAGUCUGUUGAUGCUCUGGAGACUAAAGCCCAUGAACUCACGCAGCAGAACAACUUCCUGGCCAGUGUUAUCUUCAACAGUUCCUUAGCACACAGGCACAUCCGAUCAGCAUCUCUCAAAUUGCCACCCCAUGUCACAUACACAAUUCGGACCAGCGUUUUAUACAGCAUGAGGACAGAUUUGAUUAAAAACCCUUUUUGGAAGUUUCAUCCUCAGAAUCUCCCAGCAGAUGGAUUUAAAUAUAACUACAUCUUUGUCCCACUGCAAGACAUGAUUGAAAGGGCAAUCAUUAUGGUGCAGACUGGGCAGGAAGCCCUGGAGCCGACUACGCAGACACAAGCAGCCCCUUAUCCUUGCCACACCAGUGACCUAUUCCUGAACAACGUUGGCUUCUUUUUUCCACUGAUAAUGAUGCUGACUUGGAUAGUGUCUGUGGCCAGCAUGGUCCGGAAACUAGUUUAUGAGCGGGAGAUUCAGAUAGAAGAGUACAUGCGGAUGAUGGGAGUACAUCCAACCAUCCAUUUCCUGGCUUGGUUUCUGGAGAACAUGGUUGUGCUGACCCUGAGCAGCAUUGCUCUGGCCAUCAUUCUGAAAAUAAGUGGUAUCUUCAUGCACAGUGAUGCCUUUAUUAUUAUCCUCUUCUUCCUGGAUUUUGGAGUGUCAGUUGUCAUGAUGAGUUACUUCUUGAGUGCGUUUUUCAGCCAAGCUAAUACCGCAGCCCUAUGUACCAGCCUGGUGUAUAUGAUCAGUUUUCUACCCUACAUUGUCUUGUUGGUCCUACAUAACCAAUUAAGUUUUGCCAUUCAGACACUAAUGUGCCUCCUCUCAACAACAGCUUUUGGGCAAGGAGUAUUUUUCAUUACAUUCCUAGAAGGACAAGAGACGGGGAUACAUUGGAAUAAUAUGUACCAGGCUCCAGAAGCAGGGGGCAUGACCUUUGGCUGGGUUUGCUGGAUGAUUAUGAUUGAUUCAAUCCUUUAUUUUUUAUGUGGGUGGUACCUCAGCAACUUGAUUCCUGGAACUUUUGGUUUACAGAAGCCCUGGUAUUUCCCCUUUACGGCAUCCUAUUGGAAGAAUAUAUGUGGUUUGGUGGAGAAACAGCAGCAUUUUCUAAGUUCUAGUUUGUUCUUCUCCAGUGAAAACUUUGGCAACAAAGGGGCAACACACCAAAACAAGGCAGGAGAAGUUGAAGGAGACCUCCCUGGAGUUAGCCUGGUUUCUGUGAACAAGGAAUAUGAAGGCCACAGAUUGGCUGUUCAAGACCUCACCCUUACCUUCCACAGAGGCCAGAUCACUGCCCUGCUGGGAACCAAUGGUGCUGGGAAAACCACCAUCAUAUCUAUGUUGACAGGCCUCUACCCUCCCACCUCUGGAACUAUCUUGGUCAAUGGCAAGAACCUGCAGACAGACCUGUCCCGAAUAAGAAUGGAGCUGGGGGUAUGUCCUCAGCGGGACGUUCUUCUGGACAACCUCACUGUCAGAGAACACCUGCUGCUCUUUGCUUCGAUAAAGGCACCGUGGUGGACCUCCAAGGAACUACAGCAGCAAGUCAAUAAAACUCUUGACAAAGUGGAGUUAACUAAACAUCAACACAAAUCUAUCUGGGCCCUAUCUGGAGGCAUGAAGAGGAAGCUAUCCAUUGGCAUUGCCUUCAUGGGCACAUCGAAGACCGUGAUUCUGGAUGAGCCCACUAGUGGGGUGGAUCCUUGCUCCCGUCGCAGCAUCUGGGACAUUCUGCUCAAGUACCGGGAGGGUCGUACGAUCAUCUUCACGACCCAUCAUCUGGAUGAAGCUGAGAUGCUCAGUGACCGUGUGGCCAUCCUCCAGCAAGGGAGGCUCAGGUGUUGUGGGCCUCCUUUCUGCUUGAAGGAGGCCUACAGCCAGGGGCUCAGUCUGAUGCUCACAAAACAACCCUCUUUUCUAGAGGCUCAUGAUGCCAAGGAUGUAGCUCGCAUUACAUCCCUGAUACAGGUCUAUGUUCCACAAGCAGUUCUCAAAGACAGCAGUGGUGGGGAACUGACUUACACCAUCCCGGAGGCUGCAGACAAGACCUGCUUCAAGGGGCUCUUCCAGGCUCUGGAUCAGAACUUACAGCAAUUACGCCUGACAGGGUAUGGGAUCUCAGACACCACCUUGGAAGAGGUGUUUUUGAAGCUUUUGCAAGAUUCCAACAAGAAAUCUCACAUUGCUCUGGGGACCACGUUAGAACCUCAAAAUCAGAGGCCUACUGGACCUCUAGUUGGCUACUGUGACCCUCCUGCAUGGAAUCCACCAGAGAAGACCUUAUCUGUGCCCGUGCAGGGCCACCAGCUGCUUCUGGCACAGGUGACUGCCCUCCUGAGGAAGAGGUUAUACCACACUCUGCGGGCCUGGAAAAGCACCAUCUCCAACCUGCUGCUGCCUGUUCUCUUUGUGGCCUUGGCCAUGAGCAUGUUUAUGGUACAGCCUUUGGCCACCACGUACCCUCCCCUCAAACUGACACCUGGCCAUUAUGAAAGGGCAGAAACCUAUUUUUUCAGUAGUGGAAAGGACAACAUGGACCUCACCCAUGUGCUCUUGCAGAAGUUUGAAGAUGAUGAUCAUCUCUGUGGUGAUUUAGAUGCAGCUCUAAAGAAUUCUUCCCGCUGGCAUAGAGAUCCCUAUUCUAGACCUGCAUUCCAGGACUCCUGUGGCUGCCUGAAGUGUACAAAUCGAAGUGCUCCUUACCUGACCAACUGCCUGGGCCACACAAUGCUCAAUCUCUCAGGCUUCGAUGUAGAGGAGUACUUGCUGCAGCCAUCGGAGAAACCCAGGCUUGGAGGUUGGUCUUUUGGAGUGGGGGUCCUUAAUGAAGUUCAAGACUCAAGUACAAAUACAUUAAAACCAAGAACUCUGGCAAAGGUGUGGUAUAAUCAGAAGGGUUUCCACGCCUUACCUUCCUACUUAAAUCAUCUAAACAACCUUAUUCUGUGGCGACAUUUACCCCCUGCUGUGGACUGGAGACAAUACGGCAUAACACUCUAUAGCCACCCGUAUGGAGGGACCUUGCUGAAUGAAGACAAGAUCCUGGAGAGCAUCCGUCAGUGUGGAGUUGCCCUCUGCAUUGUGCUGGGAUUCUCUAUCUUGUCUGCUUCAUUUGGCAGUUCUGUGGUGAGGGACAGGGUGACCGGAGCCAAAAGGUUGCAGCACAUAAGUGGACUUGGUUACAGGACAUACUGGUUCACCAAUUUCUUCUAUGACAUGCUCUUUUACUUGGUUUCUGUCUCCCUGUGUGUUGCCAUUAUUGCUGCCUUCCAGUUAACAGCUUUUACUUUCCGUGAGAACUUGGUGGCCACGGCCCUCCUGCUGGCACUUUUCGGAUAUGCCAUGCUUCCAUGGAUGUAUCUGAUGUCCAGAAUCUUUUCAAGUCCAGAUGUGGCUUUUAUCUCCUACAUCUCCUUGAAUUUCAUCUUUGGUCUGUGCACCAUGGUGAUGACCACCAUGCCCAGGCUCCUGGCCAUCAUCUCCAAAGCUCAGAAUUUACAGAACAUCUACAAUGUGCUCAAGUGGGUAUUCACUAUUUUCCCUCAAUUUUGCCUGGGACAAGGACUGAUAGAACUCUGCUACAAUCAGAUCAAAUAUGACCUGACCCACAAUUUUGGCAUCGAUUCCUAUGUGAGUCCCUUUGAGAUGAACUUCCUGGGCUGGAUCUAUGUAGUACUGGCCUUGCAGGGAACACUUCUUCUCAUCCUGAGGCUUCUGCUGCAUUGGGACCUGCUGUGGCGGCCAAGGGGUCACACUGUCCUCAAACAUACCAUGAAGUUUUCAAAGGAUAGAGAUGUGGAAAAAGAGCAAACGAGAGUGUUUGAAGGAAGGACCAGUGGGGACAUCCUUGUAUUAUACAACCUUAAUAAAAGUUACAGAAGCCUUUUCAAGAAGACCACUGCUGUGGAAGAUGUUACUGUGGGAAUACCCAAAGGAGAGUGUUUUGGGCUCCUCGGGGUGAAUGGAGCUGGGAAGAGUACUAUGUUCAAAAUGUUGAAUGGUGAAAUUCAUCCGAGCUCAGGACAUGCUGUCAUCCGGACACCCCUGGGAGAUGAGGUCGAUCUGUCUUCUGCGGGAGAGGUGGGUGUCCUCAUUGGCUACUGUCCACAGCAAGAUGCUUUGGAUGACCUCUUGACCGGUUGGGAACAUCUCCAUUACUACUGCAGUUUACGCGGGAUUCCAAAGCAGUGCAGCCUGGAGGUGGCUGCAGACCUCGUGAGGCGCUUACACCUCGAAGCUCAUGCAGACAAACUCGUAGCCACCUAUAGUGGAGGAACCAAGCGGAAGCUGUCCACAGCCCUGGCCCUGGUUGGGAAACCUGACAUUCUUUUAUUGGAUGAGCCUAGCUCUGGGAUGGAUCCCUGCUCUAAGCGGUACUUGUGGCAAACAAUUAUGAAGGAGGUUCAUGAAGGCUGUGCUGCAGUGCUGACAUCUCACAGCAUGGAAGAGUGUGAAGCCCUUUGCACCAGGCUGGCCAUAAUGGUUGAUGGCAAAUUUAAGUGUCUUGGCUCCCCUCAACACAUUAAAAACAGGUUUGGUGAUGGUUACACAGUCAAAAUUUGGCUCUCAAAGGAAGCAGAUCAACCUGAUACUAUUUCUGACCAUUUAAAGCUCCAUUUUCCAGGAAUCCAGUUUAAGGGACAGUGCCAUAAUUUAUUGGAAUACCAUGUUCCCAAAACAUGGGAGUGUUUAGCUGACUUAUUCAAAGUUCUAGAGAACAAUAAGACUCUCCUGAACAUCAAGCAUUAUUCCAUUAAUCAGACCACAUUGGAACAGGUGUUUAUUAAUUUUGCUGGUGAGCAGCAGCCAACUGUGCAGUCUACUCCUGAUCUGUCUGCUAACAGCCAACACCUGUCUCACCUGCCUGUGUAAACCACUGACGGAGCCUACCUUGUCUUUCACUGCAAUUGGUACUCAAGAAUCAAACAUUCUCUCCAGUGCUCAGGAGCUGGACGGCAGGAAAAUUAUAUUUUCUCCUUCAUUGUCUAUUUUGAAACUCUGUUUAACAAACAGCCAACGGAAAGGUCAUUCUUUCCCACAUACCUUUGGCAGUUCCUCCAAUACAUUUACUCUGUUUGUCAACCCAGGUAGUAUUAGCUUCUUUGGGAGGAAAACAUAAAGAGUCCAAUUAGAGGAGUUCUGGAAGGGGGUAGGCCAUCCAUAGUUUGUCAUGCCAAGGAUUUAAGACACUACUUUUUUUUUGGUCA